UAAUGAGAUUCAGACUUUUAUUCAAACUAAUCCAAAAAAACGUAAACAAGAACAAUAAGACUGAUUGAUAGAUUUAGAUUUUGAUCUAAUUGAAUUUUAGCAGUGUGAAACCACUGUCCACACUGUAAUCACGUGACUCCAGCAGCAACAUUGGCUGUUGGGAUAAAAUUACCUUCAUGCUCUCUCCCAGUCUCUCUUCUCUCUUUCCUUUCCAUCAGUCAGUCCCCGUGGUCGAUCUAAUUCUGUCAGAGCGGGUAGAGGGGGGGCACGCUGCUCUAUCUACAACCCUAGCCCCAAACAGGCAAAGGGCAAAGACAGUGACCACCUUAACUUGGUCUCUGUCUGUCUCCCCAGCCUCAUCCACUGAGACUGAGUCAACUCUCUAGACCACCUUGCAAUCAUUUGGACCCCUCUAAAGUUUCUGACUUCUGGAACAAGAAAGGAAAAUGCAGAUUUAAGUAUUGAGAAUGGAAAAAGAGGUGUAGUGUUACCAUCAGUAUCCAAAGGGUUCGGGUUUUCCACAUAUCCUCAGCACCAGCCAUUCACAUGACGUUGCUAGAUUGGAAUUAAACACUGGGAUUAAAUCGCGCAGAGGAGUUAAGGAUCUACCAUAACUAUUUCUUUUCAUGGCGACAUAAUCUGCACAAGAUUUACUGUUGGAAAGGAACUUUUAUCUUGAAACCAUGACUGAAGCAGUUGAAGCGCGGUCGUCGACCACCACCACCAUGGUCAUCGACAGUAAGAGCGGAGACGCCGGGGCACCGCCUGCGCGAGGGUCCAAGAAAACUUUUACAGAUGACCUUCACUCUACCUUCAGCUCCCCACUGGCCUGGAUCUUGGUUCUGGCUCUCAUCAUUACAUGGUCUUGUGUUUUUGUCAUCAUGUUUGAUCUGAUGGACUACAAGACCAUCUCAGGUCGUCCACCUCCUGCUGUCAGGAAGGUUUUAAAGGAAUCAGGCCGUAGAGGAGGCCUCAGCAAGAUCGGCUCAGACCCCAUGAAGGUGGUGAACGAUGCCGUGGAGGAAUCAACACACGUGAUCAGUGUAAUAUUGAAAUUUGCUGCCAACCUAAUUGUUCCUGAAGAAGAUGAAGGAAAUCUAUACGCAGUGAGAAAAAAAGAUACAAGAUGGUUGGAGGAGGAGGAGGAAGUGGAGGUGAAGAUUAAGAAAGCAAAAGGAGAAUUUCUACCAUCCCGAAGUAAAGUUAUAGGGAUGCAAGCAAAGAUGAAACCACCAGCGGAUGAAGUCGCGGAGGACGAAGAAGAAGUGGGAGAGGAGGAGGGAGAAGAGGGAGACGAAGUGGAGGCUGCUGGGGAGGAGGAGGAGGGAGAGGAGGAGUAUUAUGAGGAGGAAGAGUAUGAAGAGGAGGAAGAGGAGUAUUAUGAGGAGGAAGAAGAAGAAUAUGAGGAGGAGGAGGAAGAGUAUGAGGAGGAGGAGGAGGAAGACAGAGUGGAGGAGGAGGAGGAGGUAGGAGGAGUUAAAGAAGAGGAGGAGGAGGAAAAAGAAGAAGAAGAGGACGGAGUAGAAGCUGUGGAUGAGGUGGACGAGGUAGAGGAGGAGGAGGAGGAUGAGGUAGGAGGACUUGAUGAGGAAGAGGAGGAGGAGGAGGAGGAGGAGGAAGAAGAAGAAGGAGAAGGGGAGGGGGCAGAAGUUGUGGAAGAGGAGGAGGAAGAAGAGGAGAGGGCAGAAGUGGUGGAGGGAGAGGUGAAGGAGGAGGAGAAGGAAGAGGAGGAAGGGCCGAGAGAGGAAGAGGAAGAGGGAGAGGGAGUUGAAGGAGCUGCUGAUGAAGAGGAGGAUGAGCAAGAGGAGGAAGAGGAGGUGGAGGUAGCUGCUGAGAUGGAGCAAGAUGAGGAUGAAGAUGAGGAGGAUGAGAAGGAACCUGAAGCAGCUGCAGCUGAGAUUGAUGAAGAUGAUGAUGGAGAUGAAGUGAAAGAGGAAGCAGCAGAAGAAGAAAAGGCUGAUAAAGAUGACGAUGAUGAGGAUGAAGAAGAUGAUGAAGUUUCUCCUGAACCUAUCUCCACUUCUGAGGAUGAAGAGUCGGCUGUGUCUCCCGACUCUGAAGCACUGGUUGAUGUCAAAGACAGUGACGAAGAUGUAACUCUGCCUGAUGAAGAUGACGAAAAAGACGAAGAAGAACAUGAUGAAGAUGACACCAGUGACGAUGCGUUCACUGACACCUCAGACGUCAGUGAAUCUGCACUUCUUUCCAGUGAGGAGGAGGAAGAGAUGGAUGAUGACGACGAUGAAGAUGACAGAUUAGCUGAGGGUGUUGCAACAUCUGAUAGCGAUGAUGUCAUUGCAGAAGACACAGAUGAUGACCUGGAGCUUGAUCUUCCUCCUAUUCCUGCUGCCAGUGAGGAUGAUGAAGAUGAUGAAGUUGAUGAUCAUAAACUCGCUGAAGAGGAAGAUUUUCCUCCUUUACCUGUUGUCGAAGAUGAUGAUGAUGACGAACACCUGGAAGAUGAUGUCAAAGUUGCCGAAGACACUGAUGAGGAUGAUGAUGAUGAUGAUCUGGACCAAUCAGACGAGGACAUCUCUGUUGCCUCCUCUGAGCACUUUGCAGACGAUGAAGAUGAUGAGGAAGACAGUGACCUCAAAGAUGAGGACAAAGAUGUCCACGUUGACCUCGACGAUGCUGAAGAUGAAGAUGAUCGUGACAAACCCGAUGAUGUCACUGAAGAGGACAUCCACGAUGAUGAUGAUGAUAAAGAAGAGGAAGAGGAGGAAGUCGGCAUCCCUCCCUUUGAGAGUACAGACAGCGGAGUCUUAGGUGAUGAAGAUGAUGAUGACGACAUUGCUCUUAAAACAGACAUCUCCUAUGACACAACCGAUGAUGAUGAUAAAGAUGAUGAAGAUACUGAUACCAGCUCAUUUGAGACCUUCGAUCAAGAAGACGAAAACGAGAUCGCAGAAACAUUUGUUGACACUGAAAAAGAUGAUGAAGAACUCACAUCAGAGUCCUUAGCUAGCGAGGAUGAAGAAGACGACGAUGAUGAUGAAGAUAAGGAAGAUGAUGAUGAUGAUGCUGAUGACAUCUUGCUAGCAGCUGCCACUGCAACAGCGUUCACUGUCCAGGAGGAGGCAGUAAAGACUGAGGCAGACACCGGCGAGGACGAGGAUGAGGAUGACGUCAAACAGGCUGCUGAUGAAGAAAAGACUGAGGAGGAUGAAACAGAAAAAAUUGUUAUCAGUCAGCCUGCUGCUUUUGAGGAGGAGGAUGAGGGAGAAGAUGAAGAGCCGACAGCUGUACUAAAGAAAACUGUAGACGAACCCGAAGAUAAAAAAGAGGAGUAUGAUGAAGACGACGAUGAGGAGAAGGCAACGGUGGAUGUGAUCAAACCUGUGCCUGAACCUGAGGACGAAGCAGCAAAGACUGAACCCGCAGUGUGCCCCUGUAUGCACUCUGCGAAGGCCAAAGAGUCUGCCACCAAGACUGCAGACAAAAAAGAAGCUUCACGGAGGGUUUCAGCUGUGAGAAGGAGAAAAGACCGUGAAGCUGUGAAGACAGAUGAAAAGCCAAAGAGGAAAGGUCUACCCAGAAUUGCAGGUCUGGGGCCAAAUAUCAGGAGGAUCAGAAAGACCCCCACUAUUCUCAGAGCCAAGAGAGCGGAAAAGACCAAGACUUCCAAAACAGAGACCAAAAAACAAGAAGAGGUCCCAGAAUCUGGAGAAGAAGUUGGCCCUUGUAGACCUGCACCGGUCUACUGCCCGUCUCCACCUGGCUGGUACGUUCAUCACAUCGUCACAGACAACCCGUACCCUCCUCCGACCAUGUCAGCUCCAUCCGCUCCUGUUCUGACCGCUCACCCGGUCCAUCCCGGAGCUCCACCACUGCAGCCUCUGUAUCAGCAACAGCCACUUCCACCGAUGCACCCGCUCUAUGCACAAUACCAACCAUAUCAACCGCCAAUGCAGCCGGUGAUGCAGCCUCAACCAGAACCAGUACAUCCCAUCCCACCAGUUGAGCCAGUCCAGCCAGAAGCCACAGAACAAGAGGCUCCUGUUCAGCCUGAGAUCCAGACUCCAGCUGCUGAAGCUCAGCCUGCUGUAGCGCCAGUCCAGGGAGAGAAGAAACCAGAGACUGUUGAGAAAGACGUGAAGGCUGCCUCCACCAAGAAAGCUGCAAAGAAGAGAACCAAGGCUGCUGAUUCAGAAAAAGAGCCAGCAGCGGGCAAAGAGAAGAAAAAGAAAGAUGCUGCUGUUUCGAAAGACGAAACCAAAGCUGGCACUGCAAAGAAAGAGCCAACAGCAAGGAAAGAGAAAACCAAAAGUCCUGCAGUGGCUAAGAAAGAGCCAGUUGUAAAAGAGAAAACCAAAACUGCUGCGGUUGCUAAGAAAGAGCCUGCAGCUGAACGACAGAAGAGGAAAUCAGCCUCUAAAAAGACAGAAGCAUCACCUGUCAAGAGCAAAUCCAAGGCAUCUACAGCCAAGAAAGAUCCAGAUCCAGAACCACGUCCACAGCCGAUCAGACUGAGAACGAGACUAGAAGCUGUAAAGAGGGCGAAUGUAACCUCUCAGGCAAAGGAGGAGAAACCUGCCAGAUCUUCGUCUGAACCAGCCAAGACAAGAUCAAAAUUAUUGGAGGAGAAGCAAAGCAAAGCUGAGAAGGCUGAAAAGAAAUCUGUCAAAGAGGCUCAAGAUAAAGAGAAACACCCAUCACAAGCUAAAGAGCCCCAGGCUGAAGACAAUACUACAGAAAAGAAGAAACCAGGCCAGAGAUACUUCCAGUGCAUUUAUGUCCCUGGUAAAAAUGCACAGUACCCCUUGCGACCUUUCACCCCAGCCAUGUCCCCCACCAUGAUGUCCCCUGCACUCAGGUCCAUGUUGGAACAGCAGAGAGCAGCGAGGGCGGCGGGGCAAUAGGACAACCUGAACGCUCACCUCUUUCAUCUCCCAGUCCAGCAGGGGGAGAUAUUUUAAAUCUGUGAGAUCCUUAAAUUCUGAGGAAAACCACAGACAAACAGAUAAGAGUGGACAGAACUAUUUUGUCUUUAAUUUAUUUAUGUAUUUUUUCUCUCUAUGUGGUUGAGCUCCUGGGGUUUCUGUUGAUAUUUCCCAUUUUCCUCUCAGCUGAUGCUUCCCUGUGUUUUGCUUCACUAGUCGUCACUGCCAGGCCUUGCUUGUGUCUUAGAUAUAAUAUGAUAUCACCAACAUCCAAACAAGGAAGCAAUUAUGUGAAUAUUCAUAACUCACUAUAAUGUACAUAAUACCUACAUUUGAAAUUUAGGCUGAAAUAAAUGUUCACACCAUUGGCAUGGUGUUUUUCAGUUUACUUUUGCAGUCCAGUUUAAUAUAAGCUUUCUGUUUAAUUUAACAUUUUUACUUUAAGGCACUUGCACUGACAAAACAGUCAUGCACAGUGAGAAACAUUAUUUUUUUAGUUUUAAAAUAAUUUUUUUUAAGCUGCACAUAAUAUGUGAAAAGGGAUGAUGAGAAAACCAAAGAACUUGUAUUGGAUUUGAAUGUGAUUAAAUAUUACUUGAAUAGGCAUGUCGCAUAUUUAAUUUUUUUUUUUUUUUUUUUACAAUAAGAGCUAUAAAUAGCAAUGCAGAGACUUACAUUUAGACCCUUAAUUGUGACUUGAGAAUGUAAGAUACGACAAGUUGUUACUUGUAUCCUCUUUUAUUUUUUAUCUUUAUUUAAAUCACCCUUAUCCUGCGUACCAUAACAAGACCAGUUGUGUUUUGCUGCUUAGCUGUGUUCUGCAACACUUUAGCAUGCAAAUGUUGGAGGGUCAAAUCCCAGGAGCUCCCACAGUUGAUCCAAGCAGCCUCCCUGUCUCUGCUCAUGAGUGUGAACAUCAGUCUCAUCAACAUGUUAAAUGUUGUUGAGUGAUGAAUAAUGAUGAGGCAUUUUCUUCUUAGAUGACCUGAUAUCAGGCAGGAGUAAAGAGGAAGGUGAGCUCGCCUCAGCCGUAUCUGCAUGAAACUGCAGGACAGGCUACAGUUGUGUACCUCACCUUAACAUACUUCAUUUAAAUUAAAGGCACUACAGUUUACUUAGUUUAAAGAGAAACUUUGACAUGUUAAAUGUAAUUGUUGGAUGUUUUUCAUUCCCAGACACUGACACGCUUUGUUUUAAUGUUUGUCUUUAGAAGAAGUUGCUAAUUUAACUUGGCUUGAAGAUUAAGUUUACAGUAUAUGGUCCCCUCAUCUAAUACUAAUCAUUUAAUACUUGAAUACUGAUAUUUUUUGAUUGGCCUUUUGUUUCUAUUUCCCAUGUAAAUCUUUAAACCUCAUAAGUCCUUGAUGACAUGUCAGCUUUGUUCUUAUGAAUGAAGUGCAGUUCGUGCAAUCAAUGGAGUAAAUGUCAUAUUGCUGCAUGUUUGAUCACGUAGGAUCUCAAACUGUCUUAGCGUACCAGUUAUUUUAACUUAGCAUGUUCAGAGACAGGGAGUCUGUACAGGACAACUUUGAUGUGACCAAUUAAUGAGACGCUGUGAUGUCUGCUACAGUGGAUAAAUGUCAUUUGUGUCAUGUUAAUCAUCAGCUUCUUUACUAAGCCUGAUACAUUGUCAUAUUUUCAGUUACCUCACUCACGCUGGUUUUGUAUCUUACCAACAAGGCUCCCUUGUUGUUGCUGCAAAACUGUUGCUGAGCAUUACCGGCAAUUUGCUGUUGUCUUACUGAAUGAAAACUCGACUGAAAAGAACCAAAAGGGGUUUUCACACUAGGAUUAAUCCUGUGAUAAGACCCACAUUAGUCCAGGGCCUGCUGCAGCGUUUGCCCUCGGCUAACAGUUUAUUCACACUUACAGUUCCUAAUAAUCCACGAGGUGUCUGAUAUUAAUUCCUCCAUGUUUUUAAAGUUCAGUUUCACCUGUGAGCUACAUGGUAAUGCAGCGUAAGGCACUCGUACUGUUGGAAUGGUUACAUACAGUUUAAUACCAUGUGGACUGAUUUAGAGCAGUUGUUUAACUGGAGACUGAUGUUUGAGGUGUGGCAAUAAUGUGGGGCUACCGUACCUUUAGCCCACGGCUUACUAAUCCUCAUUGUGUUGCAGGUCUGUCCACAACUUUUCAGGGUUAUCCCCAAAAAGUCUUAAGGUGUGUUCAGACUGAAACCAGAGCUAAUUUCAGAGGUGAUAUGCAUACAAAGUCACUGGAAAGUGAGUGGAUAGGAAAAGUUGCAGAUUUAAUCUAGGAUGCAAACUAAGGUGAAGGCGCAUCUGAAAUUGCUUCCACUCCAACAAAAAAUGUAUACUCGUCCUGCAGCUGUAUGACUCUGCUGUAGAGACAAGAGGAAAAUAAGACAAACUGGGUAAAAAAUGACAGAGAACUGGAGUUCCUGUUGAGUUUUGUCAUGAGUCUGAGCUGUUAGAGUUACACUUUGCACAUGCACCAUUGGUAAUGGUAAUGUUGCUACCAAGCUAACAGCAACAGCUAUCCCCUGUAGAGUUUGUUAAUUGCACAAUAAAGCGAAGCAAAAUAGCUUCAUGUUCACUCUGAAUGCACCUUUGAAAUCACUGGUGUGAAUUUGGGUUAGAACCAAAGCAAUGUCCAAUCAAAUCUCAGCUAGUUGUUUGCUGUUAGCAUGCUGAACACAUUAACUAUGGGCUCUGAUUUUUGAGUGUGAACAUUUAACCUGAGGCUUGAUGUAAACUCCAGGUUAAUAAGUCCAAGUGUGAAAUGAGGUUAAGCUAGCCCCAAGCUUUCUGUCGGCCUGCAGGGUUUAGGUCAACAGGCCUGACAAAUGUAAGUGUGAAGAGUCAUGUUUCAUGGCCAGAUGAGAUCUGACAACCAUUUACAGUAGCAACCUACUGAGUGUGUGUGGUUGUUGGAGUGGCAUUUAAAAGACACCUGGCGUUGGUGUUUAUUUCAGGUGUUUUGUUAAUAGAUGAAUCAUUUUGAAAAUGAAUCCUAUUCCAGGUGGGAGACGCAGCAGUAGGUUGCUGCUCUUAUGUCUGGAGGCCAUGAAACUUCAGCUGCUCUGCAGCUGUAUGAUAUUAACAGAGAGUAAUUACACCAUACAGCUGCAGCUGUGUGCUGUAAUUAUGUUUUAAAUCUUAUCUAAUCUAAUCUAAUCUAAUCUCACUAGACUGUAUACAACAAGUGUCAUAGCCUUCAUGAAUAUUGAUGUGAAUCUGAAAAGUACAGGUAUAGGUACAAUAGUUUGUGUUAUUCUGUUAAGAACAAGUCAAAUUUUUUCCAUGCAUGUUGUCACUGUACUGCUGUAGUUUUGAAAGAUUACAGUGUGUGCACUUGAAGCAAAAAUGCUCUUAUCAAUAUGUUUCACUUCAGUUUUUCAGUAGUUGAAGUUUUGCUGAAGCAGUUACACGGAGAUAUUAUAUUUGUUGAUCUGUACCUGCUGAAACAUUUUGGACUGGGUUUCCCAUAUUUGUUGGUCAGUGACUAUUUUUUCACAAUUAUAACAGUCUAAUGCUCUAAAAGUACAAUACUUUAAUACAACUCUCCACUUACCCAAUAUGACCACUUGCCAUUAAAGGUUUCCUGUGGAGUUUCUGACCACUAGUAGCGCUGUAGAGCAAUGUUUCGAGGUGGACACACAAGACAAAUAAACUUUAGUUUUAAGCCUUUUGCUAGCUAUUAAUUUGAUGUAUCAAAGCUAAUAUUUUUUGGACAUGCUUAACUCUGAAAUGCUUGGUUACCAGGGUAACUCUGGUUCUCUGAGAACUGAGUGAGGUUCAAAAGAGAGCAGUGUAAAAAGAGGGAAACCAGCAGUAAAUGUUGCUUGGUAUCAUGCAGGUACCAUGCAAUAUGGCUAUUGUUUAAACCAUAGUUUGACAAUGAUUUACUGGUUUUCUUCACUCCUCUAAGGAGGAUUCAGGGGAUUCAAACUCAGGUUCAUGCCACGUGUGAACCCUGGAGGAAGCUGUAUUUAAGUUUCAUGCCUGCUGCAGAGUCAAUGUUUUAAAAAUAGGACUUUGUAAAGGUUUCAGAAGACUUUCAGAGGUGUUACUGAAUGUAAUUUCAACUCCUCAGUGCCAUACAGUACUUAUCCUGUGCUUGUUUUUCUGAAUGAAAUCUACAGUAUUAGUCUGAAAUGUUUCAAUAUUUAAAGUCAGUUGGAAAUAUGACUGUGUUGUAAUUUCAGCACAAAGAGCAGAUUAAUUGCUGUAUAAAUGUUGUUUUUGAAGCAAUUUUAUCCACUGAACAAAUAUGGUUUGAGGUUGUUUGGGUCUUUCAGAAUGAUCACUUAUUUUGUUAAUGAUUUCUUAUGUAAUUUGCAUGAUGGUGUAAUUUAAAGGAAGACAGUAUCACAUUUGAGUUGUAAUUAACACAGUUGUAAUUCAGUUUCACACACAAGCUUCACUCACCAGUGUAAAAAACACAUUAACAGUCAGUCAGAUGCUGUAUAAAGACUGUAGAUAAUAGUUUAUUUUGUGUUGCACUCUGGAGACUGAUCAGCUCAUUAGGUCUCACACUGAAUGAGAUAAAAAUGGAUUCAUACACUGGUUUGCUCAGAAAAAAAUGUCAUUUGUUUCAAUUAGAGAUUUUUUUUGUGUUGUUCAGUAUCAUCAGACUGUAAUGUGGGCAAUCAUUUUAAGUAUGUUUCAAAAAUAGACAGUAUAAACUACCUGUUGCAUGUAUUAUAAAGCAGAGGUGUAUGAUGUAAUCACAUGAUAAGGCUAGCAGCCAGACUCACUGACAGUUUUAAACAUUUUAGGAGCCAAUUAAAUGUCAUAAGAGACAGUUCAGGCUGCUAAAAUGGCACUUAAGGGACUCUACUGAGGAUAUCUGCUGAGGUAAUAUGUAGAAUACAAUCACCAAAAUGCAUUUUGUGAGUCAUAAUUUCAAUAAAAAUUUGUGAGGCCAUUA